AUGAUCAUUAAAAUAAUAAACCCUUCUAAUGACCCUUACUUUAUUUGUCUCCCUGUAUAUUUUUACACCGAAUCUGACUCUAUUGCUAAACUCAUCAGCUUUAUUGAACUUAUACUUUACACUUUCUGCUUUUACACUUUAUCAAUAAAACUACAAAUCUAUCUGAAAUUCCGGAUUUUCCAUAGAAAUUUUGUGAUUUUAAGUGUGCCUAUUUUUGGACUAUGGUAUGAAGCGAUACUUGCCAAACUGAUUACAAUGGCUUAUCAACUGAAAUUCCUAUCUCCUGGAUAUGAAAUUGGAGAGCAUGUGGCAAUGUGGACCCAAAAUCCGAAGAAAAUGUUGAUUCUGAAUUCGUUGGAUGGGUUGGAGUUGUUACUUGUCGCCGGGUUUCUGGAGUGGCAUUAUAUUUUUUCGAUGAUUUUUGGAAGUUUAUCAGUUUGUAUAGAGAGAGUUUUGGCCUCGAUGUGGAUCAAGCACUACGAAAAGAACAAAAAACUCUAUAUUCCAAUAUCUUUAACCCUUGUGACCCAGUGUCUAACAAUUGCCGUCUCCUUCACAAUGUUCUAUAAUCACGUAAAUAUCAUAGCUGCUAAUCUGAUCUGGAUUAUCACCUGUAUAUUGGCAAGUAUUAUGUACUUCUAUAUAAAACGAAUCAACGAAAAAUGGCUGGCGGAAAUGGAAGAUCCGCGUCGAAAAAUAACGUUCACAGUUUCUCAACGAUUCCAAGUUCGAGAAAAUUUAAGAGCAAUUGGCUUUGGAAAACGGAUUGUUUACACUGUUAUGUUUUCUUUGGCAGUUAUAGGAUUUGGAAUUUUAGCUCUUUUUUAUGAGAUCGUCUCACCAUUUCUUCUUCAUAUUGGAGAGAAUCUGAUGUUUUGGAAUCCAUUUGGAAUCUGUACAGUUGCCAUGUUCAGUAUUCCGGCCUGGAAGAAAAGAUACAAAAAUGCAUUUCCAACAUGUUGCCAAUGGAGAUUAAGGCCUUCUAGAGUGGAUGUGGAAAGUAUGGAACCGAUGGAAGAGUUUAAUAAGAGAAUAUCUAUUGAGACAGAUAUGUAUUUCAAUCAAUUGAAUGAAUCUUGGAUUUGA